ACAAACGCCGAAAUUGACGAGAAAGGAAAACGUCGUGAAGAGUACGACUUCACGCAAGCCAUGCAAAUGCUGGGCUUGGAUGAUGCUGCCAACGCCAAAGAUGAUCCUUCCAGCGUCCAGGGCGCCUACUUGUCGUUCCUGCAUUUGAGACAUUUAAAACUCCGCGAUCUUCAACGCACAGUGCUUUCCGUAAUGAAUUAUUUUCGAUCGAUCGAACGGACCCUCACAAUCAACGAUCAAGGCCUCUCCAUGAGUGGCAGAGGAGUGGAACGAGUGUAA